GAAUCAAAGUAGAUUUUCAUGCUCAAGCAUUCUCAAAUCGGUCAAAUCACUUGAUCAAGACUUCUACAUGAUGAUCAUCUAUCUCCGCUUAUAGCAAUAAGCUCAUGUUAAUGUUGCUGCAACUGGUGGCGAAAUGCAGGGCGGCGUCCUCCUCGGGCCGUCGGCGCUCGGCCGGAGCAAGGUCUUCCUCCACAAUGUCUUCCCCAGGGAGAGCCUCAUGGUGCUCGACACGCUGGCAGCCAUCGGCCUGCUCUUCUUCCUCUUCCUCGUCGGCCUGGAGCUGGACCCGGCGUCGCUCCGCCGCACCGGCCGCCGCGCCCUGGCCAUCGCCGUGGCCGGCAUGUCCCUCCCCUUCGCGCUCGGCGUCGGCUCCUCCCUCGUGCUCCGCGCCGCCAUCGCGCCCGACGCCCCGCGCGGCCCGUUCAUCGUCUUCAUGGGCGUCGCGCUCUCCAUCACGGCCUUCCCGGUGCUCGCCCGCAUCCUUGCCGAGCUAAAGCUGCUCACCACCGAGAUCGGCCGCAUGGCCAUGUCGGCGGCCGCCGUGAACGACAUCACGGCGUGGAUACUGCUCGCGCUCGCCAUCGCGCUCUCGGGCAACGGCUCGCCGUUCGUGUCCAUCUACGUGCUCCUCUCCGGCGCCGCCUUCGUCGGCCUCGCCACCCUGCUCGUCAGGCCGCUGCUCCUGUACAUGGCGCGCCGGUCUCCCGAAGGCGAGCCGGUCAAGGAGUCGUUCGUCUGCAGCGCCAUGGCCAUCGUCCUGGCCGCCGGAUUCGCCACCGACACCAUCGGUAUCCACGCGCUGUUCGGCGCGUUCGUCAUCGGCGUGCUGGUCCCCAAGGAAGGCGCCUUCGCCGGCGCUCUCACAGAGAAGAUCGAGGACAUGGUGUCGUCGCUCUUCCUGCCGCUCUACUUCGUCUCCAGCGGGCUCAAGACGAACGUGGCCACCAUCAGCGGCGCCAAGUCGUGGGGGCUCCUCGUGCUCGUUAUCAUGACGGCGUGCGUCGGCAAGAUCGGCGGCACGGUGCUCACGUCGCUGCUGAUGCGCGUGCCGGCACGCGAGGCGGUGGCGCUGGGGCUGAUGAUGAACACCAAGGGGCUCGUGGAGCUCAUCGUUCUCAACAUCGGCCGCGACCGCAAGGUCCUCAACGAGGAGGCGUUCGCCAUCCUCGUGCUCAUGGCGCUCGUCACCACCUUCCUGACGACGCCGGCCGUCACCGCCGUGUACAAGCCGGCAAGGCGGCAAGCGCCGUACACGCACCGCACCAUGGAGCGCGAUGACGCCGACGCCGACAGCGAGCUGCGGGUGCUCGCGUGCUUCCACGCCAGCCGGGGCAUCCCGACGCUGAUCAACCUGGUGGAGGCGUCGCGUGGCACGCGGCGGAGCAAGCUCACCCUGUACGCCAUGCACCUGGUGGAGCUGUCGGAGCGCUCGUCGGCGAUCUCCAUGGUGCAGCGCGCGCGCCGCAACGGCUUGCCGUUCUCGGGCCGGCUCGGGCGGAAGGACGUGGGCGGUGAGGAGGUGCAGGUGGCAUUCGAGGCGUUCCAGAGGCUGAGCGCCGUGACGGUGAAGCCGAUGACGGCCAUCUCCGACCUGGCCACCAUCCACGAGGACAUCAUAAACUCGGCGGUGCAAAAACGCGCUGCCGUCAUCGUGCUCCCGUUCCACAAGAUACUCUGCCACGGCCGAACGAUGGAGGCAUGCGUGGACCGGGCGUACCACCACGUGAACGUGCGGGUGCUCCGCAAGGCGCCGUGCACGGUGGCGAUCCUGGUGGACCGGGCGCUCGGCGGCAUGGCGCAGGUGUCGGCGCCCGACGUCUCCUACACCGUGCUCCUCCUCUUCUUCGGCGGGCCCGACGACCGGGAGGCACUGGCCUACGCCGCCCGGAUGGCCGAGCACCCCGGCAUCGUGCUCACGGUGGUACGCUUCAGCGCGGCUGCUGCUGAGGCGGCGGUGAAACCGCGCGGCGCCGCUGGCGAGGAGCUCGCCGGCGUCGACGAGGAGGCCAUACGGAAGCACGUCGUCCCCGGCGCGUCGGUGAGCUACGAGGAGGUGGUGGCGCGGGAGAGGCUGGAGGUGGCGGCGGCCAUCAAGGCAUUUGGGAGGGGGAAGAACCUGGUGGUGACCGGGCGGUCGGCGCAAGCGAUACCCUUGGUGGAGAAGACCGACUGCCCGGAGCUUGGGCCCGUGGGGAGCUACCUGGCGACAACACAGUUCUCGGCGACGGCGUCCGUGCUCGUGGUGCAGCGGUACGACCGGAGGAACGACCCGACCUCGGCGGCGGCGGACGCGGCGGGGGACGACGAGGAGGCAGAGGACACAGUGGUGCGCGCGCCGAUGCCAUCUCCGGCCUACUCGCCCAUCAAGACGUCGCCUGGUGAGCAGAAGAAGCCAGCCGGAAGGGGAGUCGGUACGUGACGGCCGGUGCGCGCACGCAGCUCCGACGUGCGUGUCGGUCGCGUAGCUAGCUAGGCUAGGCUCCAUUAGGAAAAAAAGUCCAUUUUAAACCUUAAACUCGUAGUGGUUCGGCGAAUCGAACCCUAAACUCAAAAUCCUUGUCGUUUGUGCCCUAAAUUCUUAGAUCCUGGUCUAAAUCAAACCUUGACAGCGUUUUAGAGGUAAACAUGCUGACGUGGCCAGGAUUUCUUUAUG